AUGACGGACUCGGGACUUCCUCCGGACCCCACUGCCACAACUACCAUCCCCAUCCCGGCAGGAGGAGGAGCGGUGCAGACGGCGACGGUCAACGGCCAGUGCGAACCAGCGGCGGAUUCACUCACCCAGACGCCCCAGCAACAGCAGCCCGCCCAAGAACACCCUCCUCCGGGCACAGAAACUCAGCAAGAGGGCUUCAACAUGGACCAGGAGAUGAAAAUCACAGACAGUAUUGAAGACAGCGCUGUCUCGAUCAUGCGACACAGCGCUUCUGCUUUUGGAUUUGCUUUUGAUGCCAUUCUGGACGUGCUUUCCUCUGUCAUCGUUUUGUGGCGAUACAGUAACGCAGCUGCAGUCCACUCGGCCCACAGGGAAUACAUAGCGUGCUGUGUCCUCGGUGUGGUCUUCAUCCUCUCCUCCCUGUGCAUUAUGGGUAAGGCCAUCCACGACCUGGCCACCAAACUGCUGCCUGAAGUGGACGACUUCCUCUUCAGCGUGUCCAUCGUCAGUGGGCUCCUCUGCUCAUUCUUGGCCGUCAUCAAGUUCAUGCUCGGAAAAGUCCUGACGAGCAGAGCCCUGAUCACUGAUGGGUUUAACUCCAUGGUGGGAGGCAUCAUGGGCUUCUCCAUCCUGAUCAGCGCCGAGGUCUUCAAACAUGAGCCCAAAGUGUGGUACCUGGACGGGACAAUAGGGGUCAUCAUCGGGCUCGUCAUUCUGGCCUAUGGAGUCAAGCUUUUGAAGGAUAUGGUCCCACGCGUCCGGCAAACGAGGAACUACGAGCGCUUCGAGUGACCGACCCGCGCUACGAAGCAGAACGGGAGUAUCUGAGAUGGCCGCCAAUGGAAAAAAAGAGGGACAUUUUCAGCUUGUGGUCCCUGUUGUUAUUCUUCCAAAGACAAUGCCAGUAAGGCGUAGCGAAGCCAGUGUCUCCUAUUUAAACGAAUGGACUGAGGACUCUUGGUUUUACAAUAGUGUAUAUAAAUAUUUAUCUGAAUUAUUUAAGUCUAGAAUUGAAAGUUUACUGUGAAGUUUCAUGGGCACCCCGAGAAAGCGUAGUAGAAAUCGAGCACAUUUUGUAUUUUCGGAUGUACAAUUUCGUCACAAAUAGGACAAUGUUAUGCUAUGAUGUGUUACAAAUCAAGUAGCGUAUGUAGCAAGAUUAGCGUGCUAGCGUUUUCCCUGUUUUUGACCAGAUUUCGGUAGGUUUUACGGUAAAUUUGGACACGCCUAUUCCGCCUAAGAAUCAUGGGUAAUGUUUAGAGUAGACCGUUAUAGUUAGUGCUGUACAAACCUGGAAAAUAACUCGAAAUAAGAUGCCAAAAAUCGUUGAAAAUGGCCAAAAAAACGACACAAAUCAGGCAGGCCCCAAUACUGCUGCAUCUACAAGCAUAAAAAAAAACAUUGACUAGUAUGAAUGAUUCACUUUGAGUAAUAAAUAAUAGGAAAUACAGUUGUUCUUACACGCUAGCGCCACCUGCUGUCUAGAAAUAAAAUGCCAAAAAUUGCCAAAAAAUGCUGAAAAAUCAGGCAAGUCCCAAUAUUGCUGCAUCUAUAAGCAUAAAAAAAAACAUUGGUUGGUGUGAAUGAUUCACGUUGAAUAAUAAAUAAUAGAAAAUGUAAUUGUACUUACGCACUAGCGCCAUCUGCUGUCUAGAAAUAAGAUAUCACAAAUCGUCCAAAAAAUGCUGCACAAACCUGGAAAAUAACGGGAAAUAAGAUGCCAAAAUUCGCUGAAAAUUGUCAAAAAACGCCACAAAUCAGGCAGGCCCCAUCGGUUCCACUUUGAAUAAUAAACAAUAGGAAAUGUAACUGCACUUACACGCUAGCGCCAUCUGCUGCCUAGAAAUGUAAUGCCCAAAACUGUCAAAAGAUGCCCAAGUUCCAAUAUUGCUGCACUUAGAAGCACAAAAACACUGGUUGGUGUGAAUGAUCCACUUUGAAUAAUAGGAAAUAUAAUUAUACUUACACGCUAGCGCCAUCUACUGUUCUGAAAUACAAUGCCAAAAAUCAUCAAAAAUGUACAGAAAUCAGGCAAAUCCUAAUAUUGCUGCACCCACAAGCAUAAAAAAAUCACUGGUUGGUGUGAAAAAUCCACUUUAAAUAGUGAACAGUGGGAAAUGUUGUAUUUACACAGUAGCGCCAUCUGCUGUCCAGAAAUGAUAUGCCAAAAGUCAUCAAAAAAUGCUGCAAAAUAAGCAAGUCCCAAUAUUGCUGCAACUAUAAGCAUAUAAAGACACUGGUUGGUGUGAAUGAUCUACUUUGACCAAUCGGAAAUACAAUUAUAUAAACACACUAGCGCCAUCUGCUGUCCUGAAAUAAGACGCGAAAAAUCGUCAAAACAAAAAUCGUCAAAAAUGUACAGAAAUCAGGCAAGUCCCUAUAUUGCUGCACCUACAAACAUAAAAAAAAUGGCUGGUAUGAAAAAUCUUUGAAAAUCGUCUGAAAAACACUAUAAAUAGUAAAACAGCAGGAAAUAUAAUUGUAUUUACACACUAGCACCAUCUGCUGUUCCAAAACAAGACGCCAAAAAUCUUCAAAAAUGUACGGAAAUCAGGCAAGUCCUAAUAUUGCUGCAGUUAGAAGCACAAAAACACUGGUUAGAAUGAAUGAUCCACCUUAAAUAAUAAAUAAUAGGAAAUACAGUUAUAUUUACACGCUAGCGCGAUCUGCUGUCCUGAAAUAAAACCCCAAAAAUCGUCAAAAAAAAUGCCGUAAAUCAGACAAGUCCUAAUAUUGCUGCACUUAGAAGCACAAAAACACUGGUUAGUGUGAAUGAUCCACGUUGAUCAACAGAAAAUACAAUUAUAGUAGCACACUAGCGCCAUCUGCUGUCCCGAAAUAAAAAUCGUCAAACCAAAAAUCGUCAAAAAUUCACGGAAAUCAGGCAAGUCCUAAUAUUGCUGCACCUACAAACAUAAAAACACCAGUUGGUAUGAAAAAUCUUAGAAAAUCAUAUGAAAAUCCACUUUAAAUAGAGAACAGCAGGAAAUAUAAUUGUAUUUACAGACUAGCGCCAUCUGCUGUCCCGAAAUAAAAUGCCAAAAAUCGUCAAAAAAUACCGUAAAUCAAACAAGUCCUAAUAUUGCUGCACCUACAAGCAUAAAAAAAAAAAAAAAACGUGGUUGGUAUGAAUGAUCCACUUUGAAUAGUAAAUAACAGUAAACGCCGUUGUACUUACACGCUAGCGCCAUCUGCUGUCCGUAUGAGGGAACUGUUUACAUAUGUGUGAAUAGAGUUUGGAGAGUCAAUAUAUAUUUCGAUAUUGUACUGUGAACGAUUCGACUCCAGCUGUAUUUUUGCAGUGAUGAUGAUGAUAAUAAUAAUAAUAAUAAUAAUAUGUAUUUGCGAGUACAAUAUUUGGUGGGGUCUAGUGUAAACUGAUACUUGUGACAAUAAUUUCAGAUAUGAGUGAGACCAAACCAACUUACAACUGACAAAAGCACAUUUCACACGGGUAGUUUAGUUUUCAACAAGGAAGGAAAAGCACACGGUACAGGCUGGUGGUUUAGUCUUGGGUUAGAUCUGGUUUAGAUCUGGUUUAGACCUGGAUUGGUCCUGGUUUAGUCCUGGUUUAGAGCUGGUUUAGAUUUUGUUUAGACCUGGAUUAGACCUGGCUUGGUCCUGGUUUAGUCCUGGUUUAGAGCUGGUUUAGAUCUGGUUUAGACCUGGCUUGGUCCUGGUUUAGUCCUGGUUUAGAGCUGGU